AUGGCUGAUGUUUGGGUGGGCUCCUGGAGGCCCCACAAGCCUAGAGGUCCCAUAGCAGCUCUGUACAGUAGCCCUGGGCCCAAAUAUGCUCUUCCUGGACUGACAGGCCAUAAUCAUCACGACCCCAGGAAAUACAAAGCACCUGUGUUCAGUUUUGGAACACGUCACGGCCAGUCCGGUUCUGACACUUCUCCUGGACCAAGAUACCUCAUCCCCUCCAACAUCACCAGACUGGGCCGAGACGGCACCCCUGCCUUCUCACUCUACAGCCGCCCGAGGGAUCCUGAGCUGUUCCAGGCCCCUGGACCAGGCCAGUACUCCCCAGAGCAUUCAGGGAAAUCAGUCUACAGCUCUGCUCCUGCUUAUUCCCUCUCUGGCAGAAGCAAAGAUUUUGGCAAUGACCAAACACCAGGUAACAUUUUCUGGUAUGAUGAUAAUGACAAUGUCAUUGUUUUCUGUUUUUUGCAGACUAAAAAGUGCUGCAUCUCAACUGUCCCUGUUCCUUCUGCUGCAGGUCCAGCUGCCUACAUGCUGCCCGCUGUGCUUGGGCCCAAAGCUGUGACCACAAGCACGGCUCCAAACUAUUCCCUCUGUGGGCGCAGCAAAAUUGGCAGCUUCCAUGAGGACCUGCAGAAGACUCCUGGCCCUGGGGCCUACAAAGUGAUCGAUCCCACUACCUACAAAUACAAAGCUCCCCAGUACAGCAUUAUAGGCCGCAACAGCAUAUCUGGUGACUCUACAAAGAAGCCGGGGCCAGGAGCACAUUACCCCGAGCGGGUGACCUUCACAAGAAGCAGAGCUCCUAGUUUUUCCUUCGGAGUGCGUCACUCGCAAUACAUUGCACCUCUCAUUAUGAAUGUAGCUGAAUAACCCAUGUUCUUGUUUUACUUUAAGACGAAAGUUAAUCUUAGCUUGUGAAUGCACAUCAGCAAUACCUUACAAUCAGAGCACUCUCCUGUAGCUAUAAUCCAAAGAGUUCAAAUUUUAAUUUGUGAUGUUAGCAAGACUUAGUUUCCGGAGUCUGCCUCCUAAUAAAGUUGGAAAAGCUCCAGAAAAUACACAUCUAAACAAAGCUGUCCAAGGUAAUUGCAAUAAUAUUUUGUUUUAAGAUGCACUUUGAUGUAGUCAAGUUAACUUGCACCGCAGUAGAAUGACAGCCAUGAUUAUAUCUGCUGUAAGCUUGUUGUGUUCAUCAGUCAGCCAAGGAAAGAAUGAUGACCACAAUCAGUGUUUGAACCAAAACAGAAUGAAUUCAACACUGUUUAAUUACUGAUGUAUGGCUGACACUUCUUUUAAUGCAGUGUGGUUUAUAACAAUUUAUAAAUAAAAUUU